AAAAUUUUUUUUAUUGGCCACAUUAAUUUUCAAUAAUAAUAUCUAUUUACAUUCAGCAUCACGAAUACGUAAUAAUUAUCGUAGUGGAAUUGUUGGUGGUAGUGGUGUUGGUGGUGGUGGUCUAUAUCGACGUAAUUUUCAAUUGGAUAAAUUUCAACUUGAUCCAAAUUUUUCGCUUACAUCACCCGGUUAUGAAACAUCAUCAUCAUCAUCAUCAUCAUUAGCAUUAUCAUAUCCGAAUAGUCAAUUUUAUUCGGAAUUUUUACCAGAUAAUCGUAAUCUGUUAACAAUGUUAUCGAAUCCAUUAACAUCACCGAUGAUGAGUCAAAAUCAUCGAUAUAUGAUUAAAACACCGGAACGUGAUUUACAUUAUGCAACAAUAUUGAAACAACAGGAACAGGCAACAAUUAGGCAUCCAUUUCAAGCAUUUCAAGUAGCUAAAGAUCAAGCACAUAUGCGUGGACAUAUGUUACGUAGUAGUUUACAAACAUCGGAUGAUGAUGUUUAUGAAGUAGAAUCAGCACCGGUAAUGAAAGCAACAUCACCAUAUCAAUUUUCACCAUUUAAUACACAAUUUAAUAAUUAUCGUUCAUCACCAGCGUCAUCAAUGACAAAUCGUUAUCGUUUGCCAUCAUCAUAUCAUCAUAUUAAUAGUCAUCAUUCAUUUAAUCAUCAUCCAUUAUCACAACCACAACAUUUUUUCAACCACAAGAAUCAUCACAAACACCGAUCGAAUUACCAUCAAUAUCAAUGAGUUUUGAUCCAACU